AUGCCUCCAGAAUUGGACAUAGGUAGACAGCAUACCGACAAGGAGCUUAGCGAUAUUGGCUACAUUCGACUAGAGCCAGGUGUUUGUCAUUUUGUAGCAGCUCCCAAUGCUCCUGAUGGCAAGCGAUUCGACCACGCAUACCUAUCUGCAGCCGAGAUUGAGAAGGCUGGUCUUCUCGACCGCCUAGUUAAAGUACGAGAAAAGAUGCUGCAUCGCGACUUUCAGCCGAAGUUACAUACUACGAUGAGGAAGGUACGGAGCCGUAAAUUUAUGGAAGAUCGUGCAAAGAUCUACAAGCUCGGAAUCACUAUACAAAAGCGUACAGGCCGACACAGUAUCCAAAACGGAGUCAUAAUUCGAAACGAUGUUGACAGAGACAAUCGAGAUUUGACAGUGAAUUAUCUCGAGAUGGAUGAAGGUAUGGAUGGACCUCGAAAAUUUGGAAACGGCCACAUCGACGAGCGAGAUCAUGCCAAUAUGUUUACUGUGCUCUUCUUCCUCGGAAACCCACCUCCUGAUUACCACGUAGGAAAUUUUGCACUGCUAGGGGAGAGAACUGUAUGUCCAACUGCACCUUUGUCAGCUCUGGUGUUCUCUGGGAAAAGAUGGCAUGCUGGUAUUGCUCCUAGACGCUACGAUGCCGAUACACCAGUAUCACUACGCUACGUAUCGCCAGUACCAAUUCCGGAGUUGCCAACAGGAACUCCUCUCAUGCGCUUGUCUGUCGUUGCUUAUCCUAGUAAGAGGAUGAUUGAUGUACACCCGCAAGAACUUGGAUACGAACUCUUCACGUCUGCUGGCAGUGCCUGUUUUCAAAGUCAGAAAAAGUAUCAAGAGUGGAGGAUGUCCUAUUACAUUGCACAUGAGUGGGCCAUGGUAGCACUAGAGGCUUUGGAAGAUCGUGAAAAAUUGGGCGAGAAAUCACAGAAGAGAAAGGGCGAUGGAAGGGAUCGGUAUGUCCAGCUAGAUACUACUGGUAUCGUACGACAUACACUACCAUCAUACUUUGUUGACAAGUUUCAAUGGCGUGACGAACUAACCGGCCAAGUAAUGUUCCCAUCCACACAAUUGGCAAUCGACACAAUUGCACAAAUCAGAAAGCCUAAUGAAGAAUGGGACAAUCUUUCUAAGGAUAUGGCACACGUUAGCCUUGGUGGAAAAGCACUUGGAAAGAGGAAGCCUUCAGAAAGGAAGAUUCUAGAGGCUGAAACGUAUGAAAGCUCUAAGAGACUCAAGUCAAACGAAAGCGCAAAUGAAAUGAAUAGUACUGAGUACGAGCUGGAAGAAAGAGUUGGUAUGGUCGAGGAGGAAUUCCAUCGAUGGGAAGAACCCUUGAUUGAGCAGGAUUAUGGUGAUGAUAUGGACCACCGAGAGCCAGCUCGGGAGAGGCUUGCAAGUAGAGACUGGGAAUCAUUUGGGGCUCCGUGA